AUGGCAAAGUGGUUACAGGACGCAAUUAAUGAACACCAUAUAAUCUCGAUUCCCUUUGAUAAUUUUACAAAGCAUGAGGUCAUAACUAGAGGGGCAUUCGGCGAAGUGACUCGAGCUUACUGGAAAAGUGGCGAAAAAACUGUGGCAUUGAAAUCAUUAAUUAGCAACCCUUCUUCGGACAGUGAAUCCUUCAAGGAAUUUGUUGAUGAGUUCAAGUUAAUCCGUUCGGUCGAUUUUCAUGAUAAUGUUAUUCGAUUCUUUGGCGUAAGUCAAGGCGAAAAUAUUUUAGACAUAACACGUAAGAUUUCUGGAGGAGGCAGGGAGGAUCCUUAUCCAGGUACUCCCGAAGAGUAUAAAAAACUUUAUAAACAGGCUUGGGAUAAUGAUCCGGCUAAUCGUCCAUCAGUUGAUCAGAUUCGAUAUGAGUUAGAUAAAAUGUUAGUUCCAAGCAAAGAACCGGUUCCUGGACAAAAUCCUCCUGAGCCCCCCGAAAAAAUCCCCAUUCCCGAACAGAAACCUCCACAAAAACCCGAAAAACCCGAGGAGCUUAAGUAUGGUCAAAAAAAUCCACAGGUACCACCGAAACCAAUCGGUGUCGAUGCAGCAAGUAGCGUCCCUGUACAAAAAAGGGUCACUUUCGAUCAAAAAAUCAUUUCCGAACGAUCACUCCAGAAUUCUUUAGAAGAAACUCGAUCGAAUUAUAAUGAACCAAAUUACGCUCAUUCCCAGCCAGUAAAUAAUUAUCACCAGGAUACUAACACAAGUGCUAACUUACGAGGAUCUACCACCUCCGACCUCUCGAAUCACAAUGAGUACGUCGAUUCCAAUGCAAAUGUCUUACAAGGGUCAUCACAGUCAAAUACUCAAUCACACACCCAACAAUACAUGGAAGCAAUCAAUCAAAAUACCAAAAUAGAUCAUCCUAUAGCGCCAACUAUCCCACCAAACAAACCUAAAAAAAAAAGCAAAUCCCUGUUUUCCAAUUCUACUCCCAUAUACAAUGUUCAGACCAAUCAGCACCCCGUCUCACAUAGCGAUUCUCAACAACGGUCCGUUCAACCAGCCCAGUCAACUCCCAUGGGACCAAUCGGUCAACAUUCGAACCGGGAAAAUUUCACGCUAGAUAGAAAUUAUACCUGGGCAUCAUCGAAUUCGACAUUAACUCCGAAUGAAUCAAAAUUUUAUUUUAAUCAAAAUGUUAGGGGAUCAAAUACAGAGAACAAAUCAUCCCCUGAUAAUUUUGUAAGAUCGCACCCGUCCGAUCAGCAAUUUUCUGGAAAUGUCAACAAUACUACACCGAAUAUACAAGUUUUAAAUUCCCAACCUCAUACGUUUUUAUCAUCUCAGUAUCAAACCCAGCAAAAUAUACCAAAUCCAAUGACUGAUGUUAAUAAUCAACAACCACCUAAUUUUGCUGAUUCACAAUUUCAUCAUGGUCAUACGGAAUUUUCCGCGUCAGUUCAAUAUCACAACCAGAGCAUUGAGAGAACAACGAUAGGUAUCAAUAAUCAACCACCACCUAAUUUUACAAAUCCACAUUUCAACAAUGACAUCCCAUAUUCUCGAACUGAAUUUUCGAUGCCAGUCCAGCGUCAGAAUCAACACGAGAUCAAUUCCAGUUUCGUGGCUCCACAAUUUGUCAAUGGCAAUCACAACUUAAACCAACAAUUUCAACAUUCCUUGCCAAUUCUACACCAAGCUCAACAAAAUGUCAAUUAUAACGCUCAUCUCGGUGGAACAGGUUUUAACAACCCACAGCCUAUUAACAAUAAUGUUAAUCAAAGCUUUGAUUCAGUUAGUCAUCCACAACCAACCCAGUUCCAAACUCAACACCAGGAUGUCCAAAAUUCUAAUUUAUACAACCAGCAGUAUUACGCGAGUUUUGAUCAAAAUGGUCAACAGGUUAAUUUUGCGAACGCCCAUCAUCAGGAGUUUCCCAUGCAAAACCAAAAUUAUCAGGCACAAAGUUAUAUUAUGCCGCCGAAUCACACCGGUCAAUUUAAUAACAAUUAUGCCGAAUCAAAUUUAAAUUAUGAUUCACAGCAACCGUAUACGCAUAUGCCUGUUUCCCAAAAUCCGAAUAUUCCCAAUGAACAUCGAGGAUUUGAUAAUAAUCUUGCCAGGGAAGUUACGAAUUCUCCUCAAUCACAAAUAUAUGUAAGUAUUUACGAGGAUCCACAAACGGAUGUAUAUUGUAAAGAAAUAUUGGAACGUUUUACUAAAGAAUACCAGAAUAUUUAUGGCUACGAAGAUCCAGAAAAAUGCAAUGCCGGGUAUCACUGUAUCUUUGGCGAUGAAAAAGGACUGAUUUAUCAUCUUAAUAUAGAUGGUAAUGUUGACGGUGCGUAUAAGGUUAUUGAUAUGAAUGAACCUCUCGUAUUAAUUGCAGCAAAAAACUGUGGUGGGAAAAAGAUGAUCAAUGUAUUCCAACGCCUCAAGGAAAGAAAUGCGGAUUUCAGUGUGACAUCGAAAUUAGGGAAGACGGCAUUCCACCUUUUGCUUGAAAACAAAAAACUUCGUAAAAAUAUAAUUGAAAAAUCGGCGACUGAAAAGUUUCAAAAUAACAUUAAAAAGAUCAUUGAGUUUCUCGCGGAAAAUAAUUGUGACAUCAAUGCGAAAGAUAAUAGCAACAGAACAAUUUUAUCUUAUUGUUUAACUGAAUCAUACCAUCAUCAAGAACACAUCCCCUUCAUUUCAUCGCUGUUAAAGAAUAAUGCGAAUCCAAAUAUCCCAGUAUAUUUACCAGGCAAAGUCCAUGCGCCCAAUGCCUUGUUUUUGGCUAUAAGAUAUCGUUGGCCUGUCGAGGUGCUAAAAUUAUUAUCCAUAUAUGGUGCUGACAAAGAGAAGGAAGAUGAUGAUGGCAAUGAUUUGUUAUUAUUGACAGUGGCUCCGGAGAAGGGAAAAAAGCAAAUAGAAUCAAUGAUUUGGGUCUUGGAAAAUAGUAGACGCGCAACCCAGGAUAAAAAUAUUAAGGAAGCCCGAAAACAUACCGAGCUUAUGUCCAAAGAAUGGAAGAUACUAGUGGGGUUUGGAAAAAAAACGAAGAGUACAUAG